AUGUACUUUGAUUUUGAUGCUAAUAUGUCAAAUAAGUUGCUUUUUAGAAAAAUGUGUGAAAGUAAAAGAAAGGGAUUAAUUAAAGUUGUUAUAUAAUCAAAGGACAGUACAUUUCAAAUAAGCUAAAAAAAAAUUUUUAUAAAACUUUUAGCAGCAGCUUUCUUUUAGGUCUCAUUUACAAUAAUAAGGACUUUAAGUUUUUAUAAAGUAAAAGCAAAUAAAUAUUUGAUAACUUUGAUAAUUAUUAUUNAAAAUUGGAAAUAAGAAAUUGUUAAUGUUACUCUAUAAAAAUAAACACUUGAUUUAAAUGAAUAUAAAAGGUUUUAUGAAGAUAUAAGAUCUAAAAUUGAAUAAAAGCUAACAUAUGUUAAUAUGCUCUAUGAAAUGUCAAGGAUCUAUAUUUUAAUUCGCUCAAGCAAAUCUAUAGAUGAAAUUAAAAAAUGUCAUUCUUUAGGAGUAAAACUUGGUCAUCUAAGAUAAACUACAUUAGGAAUAGAUCCUUUCUCUAAAUGUGGUUUAAGUUCUAAAGAAUUAGAAGAUCAAAUACUCAAUGAUGAAGAUAUUGGUAUUCUAUCUUUACAUGAAAGAAAAAAAUAAUUUAAAAUAAAUAAUAUAGUCGAUGAGGAACCUGAGUUAAUAGAUUUUUAUGAUUUAAAUAGAAUUAAAUUAUGA